GGUAACAAGUACGUCCCCCGUGCCAUCCUGGUGGACCUGGAGCCCGGCACGAUGGACUCUGUGCGCUCCGGCCCCUUUGGACAGAUCUUCCGGCCCGACAACUUUGUCUUUGGUCAGAGUGGGGCUGGCAACAACUGGGCCAAGGGGCACUACACGGAAGGCGCUGAGCUGGGCUGGGAUGGGGUGAGGAGGGAGUCGGAGAUCUGCGACUGCCUCCAGGGCUUCCAGCUGACCCACUCGCUGGGUGGCGGGACGGGCUCUGGGAUGGGCACCCUCCUCAUCAGCAAGAUCCGGGAGGAGUACCCCGACCGCAUCAUGAACACCUUCAGCGUCAUGCCCUCCCCCAAGGUGUCGGACACGGUGGUGGAGCCCUACAAUGCCACCCUCUCUGUGCACCAGCUGGUGGAGAACACGGAC